ACUCCUUAAGCUUACUUUAUUUAAAUAGCAAAUAUACCACUUACUAGCUGAAACUGCAAGCUGUUCAGCAUGGCAACCAUGUAGCUAAUGUAUUAAUUAUUUUCAUUGAUGAAGCCUGGACGAAAAUAGUUCCCUCUUCUAAAAAUGGAUGGUGUGGGGGCCCCUGGAGUCGUGCAUACAGGCCAAUUAAUCAUAGCUUGCAGAAUUCCUGGAAAAGAUGACCAGUAAACUCAAGAACGAGAAAGGAGGGAGGACACCUGUCGCCCUCUCCUGUCUUUAAAGACACACCUCCCCUGAGACAUCCUCAGACAGGAGAGUUCUGGCAGACACAGCAUCGUAUGCAAGACACCAGAUAACCAGAAGAUAUGGCAAACGUAGACAAACUCAUGGAGCUCGUAGGAGACUUUGGGCCUUUCCAGAAGAAGGUUGUUACGCUGUGUUCGUUACCGUUGAUGCUCUUUGCUUUCGUACUGGUCGGGGUGGUUUUCUUAGGGCACACUCCGGACCACUGGUGCUGGACACCUGAAUCCGAGCGCCUCCAGGAGGAAUGUGGCUGGACGGACCUCGAGGUGCGGCAAGUCACCGUUCCCCGCUCUGAACAGUCGGGAUCAUUCAGCCGCUGUGAGAGGUUUGGCGUAGACUGGAGCAAAAGCCAUGACAAAUGCAACAAGCUUGACUGGCUGCUGACUUCUAAUGCCACCCAGUUGGCCUCCUGUGACAGCAGAUGGGUGUUUGAUAAAAGCCACAGCACGGUUGUUUCUGAGUUCUCGUUGGUCUGUGAGAGAUCCUGGCUUGCUGAUCUCAAUCAAGUUCUCCUGGCCUGUGGGUUUUUUGUUGGAGCUUUCGUCACUGGCUACAUCGCUGACAGGUUUGGGAGGAAGCCAUGUUUCAUUGCAUCGAUGGUUGGCCUUGGUAUCUCAGGUGUCGGGGUCAUGCUGUCGCCUUGGUACCCGCUGCUGCUUACUUUUCGAUUCCUACAAGGGUUUUGCGGAAAGGGAGCGUGGACAGCCAGCUACGUCCUCGUGAUUGAGUUCUUCGGAUCAGACAACAGGAAACUUGUGUCCAUGGUGAGUCGGACUUUCUACUCCACUGGCAUGGUCAUCCUACCGGGCCUGGCUUACUUCCUGUCCUCCUGGAGGACCCUGCAGCUGGUCAUGAGUCUGCCCUGCAUCCUGUUUAUCUCGUACCACUGGAUUGUACCUGAAUCUCCACGCUGGCUAUUCUCACAAAAAAGGACUACAGACGCCAUGAGGGUUGCUGCGAAUAUUGCAAAGUGCAACGGGAGAUCUUUACCACAUAAUCUUCCAGAGAUUAAUCUUUUGGAGGAAAAGAAAGAAGUGACUCCUGUUUCAGUCAUGGAUUUGUUUCGGACUGCAAAUAUAAGAAAAAACACACUCAUUUUAAGUUAUGCCUGGUUUACAAGUGCUGUCGUGUUUCAAGGCCUGGUCCUGCGGCUGGGGAUCACAGGCAAUAACCUCUACUUGGACUUCUUCCUCUCUGCUGUGGUGGAGCUUCCCACCGGCCUCAUCUUCUACCUGCUGGUCGACAGAUUCGGCCGACGCUCCGUCAUGGCCGUCACAAACUUGACCGGUGGCGUUGCCUGCCUCAUAGUCCCCUUCGUCCCAAUGGAUUAUGUCUGGCUUAAGAAGUCAGUGGUGAUUAUCGGGAGGCUUGCUGUUGCCAUUGGAAUUGAGACCCUGAACUUUGCCAACACAGAGAUGUACCCAACAACUCUAAGAAAUAUAGGUGUGUCGGUGUGUUCAUCUGCCGCUGACUUCGGAGCAGUUGUAGCCCCAUUUCUGCUCUACAGACUGGCCAGCAUCUGGCAGGACCUGCCUCUUUUGCUUUAUGGUGUGAUGUCGGUGCUGUACAGCGCAUUGGUGACGAUGUUGCCUGAGAUGAGCGGAGUUGUGCUGCCAGAGACCAUCGAGGAUGUGGAGCAUCUAGGACGCGGGAAAAACAAGUCAAAGGAUGCAGAGGGCAACAGCUUUAUCGUAUGACUGACGCCAUGAAGACCUGGAACAUUGAUGGUGUAUUUCCUACAUAUGUGCCGAGUUUACAAUAUGCUUGAUGUCCCAUUGUCUCGUUAUCAAAGGUACAGCCAGUGUUAAGUACUGUGAAAUGUACUGCGGUGGUUGUUAUUGCAGUCUUGUGUUACAUUGGAUGUUCUGAAGCCUUAAAAGGUGUUAACGAUAUAUUUUCUCACUAUGAGGGGAUGAAACACAGUAGGUGUCAGGAAAUCAAAGGAUGAGAGAAUCCAUAUCUUUGCAGCCUCACACCUCUACAGUGCUAAUUUUCCACAGUGAAAUUAUGUUUAUUUAUACCCAGAUUUUAAUCUUAUGUCGCCUUGAGCUAGUUGUUAUUAAGAUAAUGAAACACACCAUCAAAAUAAGACAGUGAUGUUGAAAAAGUGAUAUUGAAAAGCAGUAGAUCUGCUGAUUUUGGUUGUUUGUAUUAUAUUUGUGCCUUUGUUAUGUAACCUUGACUGAUUUACGCUU